GGCACGCCAAAGCCUCACCACGAUCCCGCAUCUGACAGCAUCAUGCACAACGUCGACAUUCUCUCGCAAUACCCCAGCGCCCUACUGCUGUUGUUUUUCAUACACUUUUUUGCUCGUUGACCCUCUCAUAUCCGCGAUCCUGGUGCAUCAAGUGCUGCUGUAAUUAGGAACGCGUAGACGACGCUCACCAUGUCUGAUUCUGUGGAUAGAGUCUUUAGCCAUGCGCUCAACACAGUCAACAAGAUCCGUACUGGAUCAACAAAACCGCCUUCAGCGACACGAUUACGAUUGUAUGGCCUUUACAAGCAAGCGAUGGAGGGUGAUGUCGACGGUAUCAUGGACCGCCCCUUAGGCACCACUGAGCAGGACCAACGGGCACGGGAGAAAUGGGAUGCUUGGAAACAGCAAAACAGACUCUCGCGCACAGAAGCCAAACGCCGCUAUAUCACUACCCUCAUCGACACCAUGCACAAAUACGCCUCGUCCUCUGCCGACUCCCGCGAACUCGUCGCCGAACUGGAAUUUGUCUGGGACCAGGUCAAAUCCAACGUGCCUUCCUCAUCGUCCUCCUCGCCCAUGCAGACAAUGAGCCAAAUGGGCCUCCAAUAUCCACCACCCUACUCACAACUAAGCCAAAGCCAGAGAAGAGACGACGACGAAGAGGAAGAAGACGAGGAGGAGGAAGAGGAAGAAGAGGAAGAAGAAGAAGAGGAGGAAGAAGAGGAAGAAGAAGAAGAGGAGGAAGAAUAUGAAGACGAUGAGGAUGAACCGCCAUUACAAAUUAAAUCCCCCGUAUCGCAAAGCGAAGAAGACCUUGAAGCCUCCGAAGCCGAGCUCGACCGCCAAGAAUUCGUCGACGCCCCGGACUCGCAACACAAUCCCUUCUCCGACGCGUUUGUGCAAACCAAGAUGAAGCCCACACGGCAAACCCUCGUGCCAUAUACACCCACCCCAGCGCCCCGAAUGCGUUCCGUUAUCCCCCAACCAAUACUCACACCCGCCGCAAACCCCCCACCAUCUCCAAUACCCCACGACAACGCCCCCGGCGACCCGAAAUGGCGCAAGCGCGUCGAAUCCGCCCUCAUGAAGAUGACAGCCGAAGUCGCCGCCCUGCGUGAGCAACUCGAGGCCCGCCGCCUGUUCACACACUCGCCGCACUACAGGUUGUUCCGCGCGAUAUGGCGGUUUGCGUGGGCGGGGCUGAAACAUGUCGCUGUGGAUGUAUUCAUACUGGGCAUCGUGCUCUUGUGGAUGAGGCGGAGGAAGGAUCGGAGGUUGGAGGGCGCGGUUAGAGUUUUGCUUGGGGAUGCUGUAGCGCAGGUGCAGCGGGUGAAGUUGCCGGGGAUUGGAGGAGGGAAGAAGGUUGGGCCCACAUCGUGACAGUGGGAGGAGAGAGGAAUGUAAAUAGAUGGUAGAGUCGCAGACGUGGGGGUUCAGGCUUGGUAUGAGAUAUGAUUGGUAUAGAAGAUGCAUUUACCAGUACUUAUCACCAAGACAACACUUC